CUUUCCUUCCCCUAAUAAACCCCCAAAUUGAGAGAGCAAACCACCGAGUCCGCCGCCGCCGCCGCCCACCUUUCUUCUUCUCCCAAACCCUAGUCUCCGGCGGCGAUGGCCCCCAAGCGCGCCGCGAAGAAGGCGGCACCCCCGCCUCCGCCUCCGCCUCCGGCUGCCUCCUCUGAGGAGAGCGAAUCCCGCUCGCGCUCCGAGGAGUCGGAGGGCGAAGACGCCGAGUCCCCUCCCCCCGCCCCCACCCCGGCCCCCAAUAGCACGCCGGCGCCCCCGCAGGAGGGAGAGGAGGAGGAGGAGGAGUCUGAAGAGGAAGACGAGGAGGAGUCUGAUGAGGAGCCCGCCCACGCGGCCCCAGCCGCCGCCGCCACCCCCAAGAACAAGCCUCCGCCGCCGCAACAGGGAGGUGACUCCGAUUCUUCUUCCGACGAGGAGGAGGAGGAGCCCACCAAGGCGGCCCCUCCCUCCGCCCUGAAGAAACAACCCCCGCCGCCGCCGCCGCCGCGGCAGAGCGAGGAAUCGGACGCCUCCGACGAGGAAGAAGAGGAGGGUGAGUCCGAGGAGGAGGCGCCGCCGCCGCCGCCGCCGAAGCUUGCUCCAAAGCAGGCGCCAGAGGGCCGGAAGCCCCAGGCAGCGGCGGAGACCAAGAAGCCGGCCGCUUUCAACCGCAUCUGGUCCACCGACGACGAGGUGCGUAUCCUCGAGGCCCUUGCUGCUCACCAAAAGCAGCACGGCACGCUGCCGCAGCCGGACGCCCUCGUGGACGCCCUUGCAGGAAAGCUCGACAACCGUGCCUACGGCAGCAAGGAGCUCCAGGGGAAGGUCUUGGCCCUGAGGCGUCGGUACCUCCUUCUCAGCAAGAAGGGCGAGCCCCCGAGCAAGGAGCAUGACCGCCGGGUGCUGGAACUUUCCAAGAUGGUCUGGGAAGGCGGUGACACGGCCGCAGCUGCCCCUGCGAAGGCGGCAAAUGGCCAGGAGCCAAAGGGGUUCGAGGAGAUGUGCGAGCUGUAUCCGUACCUGGCGGAGCAGGUGAGGGAGCUGGAUGCGGCGAACCCGGGCAUCUUCAAGAGGCAGUUCGGGAUGAUGGACGACGACAAGGCGCGCGCGAUGGACGAGAAGAUCAAGAGGCAGAGGGUGGCGCAGAUGAAGGUGGAGCUGCGCCGCCACGACCUGGCCAGGGAGGUGACCAAGGCGAUCAUCGACCUGGUCGACUGAUCGGAGCGUCAUGGGCUUACAAGUUAGUACAAACUGAAACUGUAUCUGUGAUCACCUGAAGUUGGUGCGAUGAAAUGCGGCGUUUUGGUGGAGCAAGAAUGUUUCUGAAACUAUGAUCUAGAGUCUGCAGAUUGGGCUGGCUCGAUGCAUCAGACAUGUGGUGGAACUGCAAAUUGUGCCUCCUGUAGUCCUGUUUGUAAGAAUGCUUUUCUCGUGUGGCCAGAGCAAAUGCUAGAAAUAGCAAAUUAGGGGUGUCUUUAUAGUGUAAGCAUGAUGAGACAUGUGCUGGAACUGCAAAUUGUGCUGGUGGAUUAAGAAUAUUUUCCGAAGUGCGCUAGAACUGGCAAAUUGUGCUGUUGUUGCGCGAAUCUUUGUUGCCACUGGUUCCAUCGAUUGUGCGAGGUUAUGUAUGAAACGGUCGCUGAAUUUGUAGUUGGUUCAGGAAA